CAUACUUUCAUUCAAGAUGCCAGCCAAGAAACCCACGAGCAAGAAACGUACGAAGGCUGAAAAGAAGAAAUUACGAAAAGCACAACAAGCAGUCUUCUGUUGGUAUUGUGAGAGAGAGUUUGAGGAUGCCAAAGUCCUUCUCCAACACCAAAAAGCCAAACAUUUCAGAUGCCCAAAUUGUCCCAGACGUCUCAAUACCGCCGGUGGACUUGCUGUCCAUAUCGAUCAAGUACAUAAAUUACCCACAGAUAGGAUCGAAAAUGCUUUACCUGGUCGCGAUACAUUCGAUGUCGAGAUUUAUGGUAUGGAAGGUGUACCAGCCAACGACUUGGCUGAUUGGAAACGUCGCAAGGCCGAAGCUAUGGGAGUCGAUCCCGAAACUCAUAAACGAAAACGUCCAAAGAUUUUCCUCGGUGUUUUGACUUCUGAAGAUCUCAAGGCUCAACUACAACAGCAUCGCGCUUUAAUGAACGGGAUAUCGAAUACAGCACCUGUUCGACCUCCCGUUCUCCCAUACGGUGUUCCACCACCUGCUCUUGGGGGACCACCUUCGGCAUCAGUUCCACCUCCUGGACUCUUCACAUCUGGUUCCGCCCCUAUGCCUCCACCAGGAUUUCCAAUGAUGCCUCCUCCUGGCUCUCUUCCGUUCCCACCUCCAGGAAUGGGAAUGCCGCCAAUGCCACACGGCCUUCUUCCCCCUGGCUUGCCUUUCCCCCCUCCACCAGGGAUGCUACCGGCAGGUAUGCCACCACCACCUGGCAUGAUGCCGCUUCCAGGAAUACCCAUGAACCCUGGCACACCCGGCCUGAUGGGUAACCCACCUCCAUUUGCACCACCAGGAGGUCCACCACCACCCGGCGUGUUAAGCACGCCCCUUGCUCCUCCCCCUGGACCCCCAGCUGCCACGCCUAGCCAAGCUGCACCAGCCCCUGUUGUACCACCUACUCCAGUCCAACCUUAUAAAGUUGAAAGCAGUCAAGUCACACCCAAAGCUGGACAACUAUUGAUGUAUGGAGAUACGGAUGUCUCAAUAGAAGAGAAACGUGCUCGCCAACCACGUUAUCAGGCUCCGAUUGCUGUUCCAGAUAUGAGAUUAGGUCUUUCGCGUUGAAUACGGGUACAUGUUGUAGUUUACGGAAUCGUCUUGAAAAAAAAAGUAUUUCCAGUCCAAUGAUGAUCUCACAAAUAUAUAGGACAUAUCCGUCGAUCGAUAUUUGCAUCAUUAAGCUCGACUGAUUGACUCCCUAGAGACAGUGAAACCCUGUACUUUGAAUUGAACAAGAGCUUUAUGUGGUGCAGCAUGUCAGAAGAGACAAGCUUUAUGGUCUUCAUCGAUCGAACAUGUAUCACAACUUGGCGUAACUAUCUUAAAUAAUAUCGCCCCAAGAAGGAUAAAAAAUUCCAAUAUUCUAACGGGAGAGAUUUAUAAUUGGAUAUUUUGUUGAUGCAUCCCAGAAAUGGUGUUGUAAGUAUGAUACCUGUGCAUAUCAAGCUCGUGUAUUAUUCUUAGCGUCAAAGGCGCAGUUGACCAU